CGGUAACAAGGCCAUGUUCUACCACGUGCGAGACAUGACGUACAGUCUGAUCGAGGGCCGCUCCCAGAUCCUGUCGGGAACGUUGCCGAAGGACGAGCUGACAGAGCUGAAGAGCAAGGUCAUUGCCAAGAUCGACUACGGGAACAGGAUCCUGGGGCUGGAUCUGGUCGUUCGGGAUGAAAACGGAAACGUCCAGGAUCCAGACCUGACCAGCACCAUCUCGCUGUUCAAAGCCCACGAGGCUGUCUCGAGGGGUAUCAACGAGAGGAUUCAGGAAGAGAAGUCCAGGAUCCACAGUAUGGAGGUGUGUCGUCAGUCCCUUUUCAACAGCUGCCAUACCUACAGCCUGUACGUCAACCUGAACAACUUUGUCUGCAACAUCAGUGAGGAUGCUGAGCUGCUCAUGUCCCUGUACGACCCGGUUCAGUCGGAAUUCAUCAGCGAGAACUUCCUGGUGCGCUGGACCAGACUGGGGACGCCCAAGGAGAUUGAACGAGUGAACAAACAGGGAGUGCUCUUCACGGUAAGCGUCCGCCGCGGAACGCCAACCGUACACUCUGAGACUGCUCGCUGGUCAUGUGACAGGCACUUGUAA